AUGUGGGCUUCAAAAGUUCUCAAAGGUCGGAAUGCAAGAUCGAUUACAAAGACUUCAAUUGCAACUGCUGCUUCAGCGCCAACAUCGCAAGUGGAAUUCAGUGCCAACUCACAAGCUUUCUCUGUAGCUGUGACUGAGCUGCUCGAAUGCCUGGACUUUGUACUUGAUCAGUUGGAUGAUCAAGGAGAACAUGGAGACUUGUUACAAUUUCAUCUAUCACGGCUUGCCAAGGAGAUAUCGAAGUACGAAAACUCAAAGGUUGAUGAACAAAUCUCACAGCCGUGGACUGGGGAUCUUGACUUACUCGAGCUACUGCUUGCCGCCUGUAGAUGCGCAUGCUCCGUCUACAAACCAGAUGUCCAUCCCGGAGGUGACCUGGUACCAGUGAUCUCUCGGACACCUUCUAUCACUGGAACAGCCAAAGCAACUUCAAUAUGGAAAUUAGAAGAUACAAAUACCCUGUUUGUUUCCAUUAGAGGCACAUCUCGCAAGACAGACCAUCUUGUAAACCUUAAUAGGAACCAGAAGGACGCUGCCUCAGUCUUUGCUUUCCCGGGUAGUGAUGAAAGAAUCUUUGCCCAUAGUGGUUUCUUAGCUUGUGCAGCUACUCUUCUUCCCUGGCUUACUGAGGAGAUCAUCCGUCAAGUCACAGCCGACAAGAGUUUGAAAGGCAUAGUAUUCACAGGUCACUCGGCUGGUGGAGCGGUUGCAGCCAUGAUCUUUCUUCACUUUGCUUGCCAUUGCCCAAGUGAAUUAUCGAAUGCAAAGUUCUCGCUCAUCACAUUCGGAGCCCCGCCUGUUACUUCAACCAACAUCACUGAACUGGCUCAAAGUCUUCCUCAAACUCGGCAUAUCUACGCUGUUGUCAACGAACACGACUUGGUACCGAGGGUUGAUCAAGGCUACAUUGCAUCAAUCAUCAGUUUGUACCGGUCAGCUUACGGGUUGCCAUUGUCUGAAUUCAAUAGUAGCACAUUUACCAGUGCGCAGGGAGAUAGAAAGCAGAUUGCUAUUUGGGAGCUCCCUCCACCGGACUUCUAUGUUGUUGGAAACAUCAUCAUCUUGCGUGCAAAACUCGACUUAAAUGCUUUGCAAUCGAGACCAAGUCAUAGCAGCACGGACACAAAUACACCUCCACAAAAACUCGAUAUAAUACAGAUGUCACAGAAGGAAUUUGGCAAGCUGCUGUUCUUCGAAAUAUCAGUACAUAAACGGAAGAUAUAUUUCAACAGAUUAGAAAAAUUGGUACAAGAGCGUGGGGGAAUCGUUAGCAUAGAUGGUGAUGGAAAUCGUCCAUGA